AUGGCACCCAUCUGCUCCCUUCUCUUCCUUCUCCUGGUACUGCCUCGUUCCACUUCCACCGCUGCUCUCUCCAAGUCCAAGCCGCCCGCGCGGUACCGGCACCACAGGCUCCGCGCCACCCCGCUCUCCCCCGACCCCAUCGCACGAGCCGACGCCGCGCAGCCUCUCUUCGCCACCGCCUCAGACGAAGCAUCCAUCUUGGAGCUGGACCCGCACGACACCGGCAACGCCUCCACCGUCCGCCUGCUCGUCGCCCACCGCGAGGCGUUCGCGGCGCCCAACGCCACGGCGGCCGAGCUCCUGGCGCAACGCCUGGCGCGCGACGCCGCGCGCGCCGAGGCGAUCUCCGUGUCCGUGUCCGUGUCCGUGCCCGCGGCGGCCGCGAGGAACGUGACGCGCGGCGGCGCCGCCGGUGCCGGGUUCACGGCGCCCGUGGUGUCCGGCCUGGCGCUGGGCAGCGGCGAGUACUUCGCUUCGGUGGGCGUGGGCACGCCGCCGACGCCCGCGCUCCUGGUGCUGGACACCGGCAGCGACGUGGUGUGGCUGCAGUGCGAGCCGUGCCGGCGGUGCUACGCGCAGUCGGGCAGGGUGUUCGACCCGCGGCGGUCCCGGUCGUACGCCGCCGUCCCCUGCGGCGCGCCGCCCUGCCGCGGCCUCGACGCCGGGGGCGGCGGCGGCUGCGACCGGCGGCGCGGGACGUGCCUGUACCAGGUCGCCUACGGGGACGGGUCCGUCACGGCGGGGGACCUGGCCACGGAGACGCUGUCGUUCGGGCGGGGCGCGCGGGUGCCGCGCGUCGCCGUCGGUUGCGGGCACGACAACGAGGGCCUGUUCGUGGCCUCCGCGGGGCUGCUGGGCCUCGGCCGCGGCCGGCUGUCGCUGCCCACCCAGACGGCGCGCCGCUACGGCCGCAGCUUCUCCUACUGCCUGGUGGACCGCACCUCGUCGUCGUCGCUGAACCACCCGUCGUCCGCGCCCCGCUCGUCCACGCUGACCUUCGGCGCGGGCGCCGUUCCCGGCCGCGCGUCGUUCACCCCGAUGGUGAGCAACCCCAGGAUGGCGACGUUCUACUACGUGCGCGUGGUGGGGUUCAGCGUGGGCGGCGCUCGCGUCCGCGGCGUGCGCGAGCGCGACCUCCGUCUGGACCCGUCCACCGGGCGCGGCGGCGUGAUCCUGGACUCGGGCACGUCGGUGACGCGGCUGGCGCGGCCCGUGUACGCGGCCGUGCGGGAGGCGUUCCGGGCGGCCGCGGGCGGGCUCCGGCUGGCCCCCGGCGGGUUCUCGCUGUUCGACACGUGCUACGACCUGCGUGGGAGGCGGGUGGUGAAGGUGCCGACGGUGUCGGUGCACCUGGCGAGCGGCGCGGAGGUGGCGCUGCCGCCGGAGAACUACCUGAUCCCCGUGGACACGCGGGGCACGUUCUGCCUGGCGCUGGCUGGCACCGACGGCGGCGUCUCCAUCGUGGGCAACAUCCAGCAACAGGGGUUCCGCGUCGUGUUCGACGGCGACAAGCAGCGCGUCGCCCUGGUGCCCAAGAGCUGCUAG